UGUGUUCCAGAGUUGAUACAAAACUUUCUCUUAAUGAAAAUCUGAAAUCACAUUGGGAAUAAACUACUGAAUAUCGAAUACAAGAACAACAUCAUGCCUGAAAACUUGAAAUUAUCCCGGUAGUUUCUUCACUGACCAAGUACUUCAUGCUCACUUAAAUUGUUUAGUAGGAGUAAAUAAUGAGAGGAAACAAUUUGGGCUAAACGUAGCAGGAAGGCAUGGGUCAUCAAGCACGAACUUGUAGGCACUAGCUGGCAAUCACAUCUACAUGUUUAUUGCUUUGCCUGAGGCCAUUUCAAGUCGAACACCAUAGUUUGACCUAGGUAGUUUCAGAUGAUUGUGAAAUAAGAGGUGUUAAUCAUCCUUAUUACCAUGUUACCAGGAACUAAAAAUCUGUAAAGGUAGCUUGGAAAGUCAGGGGAGUUCUGAGGUUCUGUACUACUGAAAUCCUUGUUUGUACAGAAGUGAUUUUACUGUAUGGUUUAUAUGCAUUUUCACUUCUUUUCUGAGUAAUCAUGAAAGACAGAUUUUCCUCACAGUUCCCUGUGCUGGUUUGUGCAGCAACUAUGGAUGUAACACCAACACACCUCCGAGAAGGAUCUGUGGGUAGUAAUGUCUAAAUAGUGUGUUGGAUGAACCGUUCAUCUGAACCAGCAUGACUGCUAUGUUCACAUAUCCUACAGAGACCAUAAAUGAGAACAAAAUAUUCCACUUUUUCCCAAAAAACCCCCCAGAAUUUAUUUUCUUGAAAUACUGUGACUUGUCCCUUUGAAAUAGUUCUACUUCCUUUCUAUCGCACAUGUAUUAAUUCAGUCAUGGACAAUCUUUUGCCUACUUUUUUCAAGAUUUCAUUGGAAAUGGUGUUUGGCUGGCCCAGUGGCAAUUGUCAAUUUGGAUCUCAGAGAUAUUAGUGAUUUGAAGUUGUUGCCUUUUUUUGGCUGGCAUUAACCAUGCACAUUUACUUGUCUGAAAUGGCAAAAAGCCUUCAAGGCCAUUGUUGGUUUGGGGGAGGCCGUGGGCUUCUGUGGCUGCCCAUCUCAUCUUGUUGUGUAGGAACAGAGAACUCUGUUCCUGCUGGUUGGUUGGUGUUUUGCAGAAGCUUUAAUGGCUCAGAUAAACUUCUGGAGUCAGUCCCUGAGCUCUUCAGGCAAGCCAGGAAAUACGCCAUGAACAAUGAGCACUUUUGUUUUCUGUGUUCAAGAAAAUUCUUAAAAAGUCUUGUAAGAAAGCAGCCUCAGGACCUUCUCCUGGUAAUUGGGACGGGGGUGAGUGCUGCAGUAGCCCCAGGAAUCCCGGCACUCUGCUCCUGGAGAAGCUGCAUUGAGGCUGUCCUUGGAGCAGCUGAGCAGCUGGAGGUGUUGCACCCAGGGGAUGUUGCUGAAUUCCGAAAGAAAGUAAUCAAAGAGAGAGACCUGCUUGUGGUUGCACAUGAUCUCAUCAGGAAGAUGUCACCACGUACUGGGGACGUGAAGCCCAACUUCUUCCAGGAUUGCUUAAUGGAGGUGUUUGAUAAUUUAGAACAACACAUUCAGAACCCUGUGGUUCUGCAAUCCAUCCUGAGGCUCAUGGACAGAGGCACAAUGGUUCUGACUACAAACUAUGAUAAUCUGCUUGAAAUAUUUGGUCAGCAACAGGGUAAACCUAUGGAAUCUUUAGACCUUAAAGAUAAGGAUAAGGUUCUUCAGUGGGCAAGAGGCCACGUAAAAUAUGGAGUUCUUCAUAUUCACGGCUUAUAUACAGACCCCUGUGGAAUGGUGCUUGAUCCCUCGGGAUAUAAAGAUGUCACUCAAGAUCCUGAAGUCAUGGAAGUUCUUCAGAACUUGUACCGAACCAAGUCUUUUUUGUUUUUGGGUUGUGGAGAGACUCUGCGUGACCAGAUAUUCCAAGCUCUUUUUCUUUACACAGUAAAGAACAAAGUGGAUCUAGAACAUUACAUGUUGGUGCUUAAAGAAAACGAAGACCACUUUUUUAAGCUCCAGGCAGAUAUGCUGCUGCAUGGAAUAAAAGUGGUGUCCUAUGGGGACUGCUUCCAACAAUUCCCAGAGUAUGUCCAGGAUCUGACUGCUCAAAUCUGCAAGCAGAGAAGUCCAGAUGCUGAUCAGGUGGACAGCACAACACUCUUGGGAACUUCGUGUGUGGACUGUGCUAAAAGGAAGUUAGGAGAAAACAGCACCGAUUCUCCCAAGAGGAUCAAGCAGUCAGAUAAUGAUAUACCCACUCUUGAAUGAAAAAAUCCCAAACACUCAAGGCCCACCCCAGAAGCUUUUUAACAGUAACAGAGUCCUGCAGUGAAAUGAAACGCAAUCAGUAUCAAAAGGAGCCAUCUGCAGAUAAUUCCUAGUAAGUUUGCCUUUGGCUGAAGUACUCCAAGGGUGAAGGUAAGGCCCAGCAGUACAUAGUAUUUCCUCCACCUGUAUCAUCUUGACAGCAAGACACAAUUCCCACUGCAGCUGCCAGCACUUGUAAUCAUGUGUAGCUUUCCAGUCAGCUGGCUCUCACCUCAGUGGCUGCAGGAGAGCAUGUCCAGGGCUGUUCCUUGUGCUGAUGCCAGCACAGGUGUACCUGGCAGGGCUGAAGGAUUGCUCCUGUCUGGUUUCCCUGUGGCUGUUUCCUAAGAUUUCUGUUAACACCUUCUGAGAGCAGGUCACAUUGUAUUGGGGUUUUACAGGGAAGGCAAGGGGUGGGUCUGACAGGUGACUUUUCUCUCUGAACUGUGGUUUGGCAGGUCUUUACUCCCUUGUCACACAACCAACUCCUGCAGUUCCCUGGGACAAAAAACUUCAGUGAGGUGUGCUGUUAGGAUGCUGCUGUGCUCCUGCAGGACUUCAGGCAGCCCACAGCCACCCCGGUCCUCUGAGAGAGUCUAUUUACAGCAAAAUCACUUCUGAAAAUUGUCUUUCAGCAACACAGAGUGUUAUCUGUGAGACUACCCUCUAACAUACGCUUUUGCAGUCAGCAUGACCUGGCUGCUUUGGAAAGUGACUAGUCAGGUUCUUGUAGAUCCUGAUGAUCAGCUCAGAACACUUCACCUGUUGCUUCAAGCUGCAGCAAAAUCCAUCAUUUGCACUGAGGUAUUUAUGACCCUGAUUACUACCACUAUUUAAACCCUAAAGUCAUGCAACUCCUUAUCAUGUGCUUGAACUCGGGUCCACAAUAGAAAAUCCCAUCACUCCCUUUGGUAAGGAUCAGCUUACAACCAGCACUGGUGAUUCUUCCCAACUGCUGAACUGCAGCUUGUCCAGCAGCCUCCUGUCUCAAGGCCCAUCUAUUGUAUUCUCAAAAGCAGAAGAGUGAGGGGUUAUGUUAUCUCCUAACACACACAUCUGUCACCGGAUUCUGAAUUAAGGCACUGAUGCUGACUCACACCUCUGAGUACAUUAUUUUAUUUAAUGCUGUGUAGCAGUAACACCAGUAUUGGAUGAACAUCUGUAUUCCUGUGAAACACCUCAACACUCCUGCUCAGACAUUCUUCCUCCCUGAGGCAGGAUCCCCACAGGCCCAGCACAAGCCCAGGGUUCACAGCACAAGACAAGGCAGGUAUGUGUAGGCAACCCAUGGGACAAAAGGAACCUGCUCUGUGAACACAAUAUAUAAUUAUUAUGAACAACUACAAACCAAGGGGAACAUGUCAGCACACACAGAGGUGGAACAUAAGCCAGAUAAAGUGAUUCCAGCUUUCAGUUUUUUAUACCCAACUUCAUUACUUUGCUGCUUAGAUGAAAAACGGCCAGCGAAAUAAUUUGAGUGUACUGGGACAACUGCAUAACAACAAACCAAUACAUUUUUAUAAGGCUGGUGGCUCUAUAGCAUCUGCCUCAUUCUUUCCACUUCUGUGCAAACUGAAAUACCUCAGAGGUGAAAUUUUUCAAGGUUACAUCACAGCUCUAGAGCUGCAUCACAAGUUUAUUUGUACAGUUAACAACUAAUACUUGCGUAAGGUUGUAGUGGAAGACUGAAGUCUUUCUGGUUGUCACAGAAGUCACCCAAGAGCACAUUCCAGUACCUUACUGUUUUAGUAAAGAGGAAAUAAUCCUAUCUGAAGGCAAAUGCAGCUACAACAAAAGGUCCUGACUGGAGCAGUGAGUACCUGAACAGUGUGCUGGCACUAUGGACUUUUCCUAAGAAAAGCGAGAGGCUUGUUCUUUGGGAUACUGUACUUACAGAAAUGAACCUGCAGCCCUUCUUCUUACAGCCAAAAUAUUUGGAAAGAAAGCUUUGGGUAUCAGUGUGCACACCUCAGGAACAGCCUCGGCCUCUCACUCCUUAACAAAACUGCAUCAAGGAGUAACAGCUGAUUCCCUUAAUAUUUUGCAGAACUGCUUCAUUUGAAAAGUGAACAUUUCCCUGUCAACUUUUAAGAACCACAUUCAAACUCAGGUUUGCAACAGUCAGCUGUGAACCCAGUUCCUGCUGUCACCUGGCUCUGACACCAUCCAUGUGCUAUUCAAAGACAGAACUGCGGCUCGGCUUCUCUGCUGUGUCCUGCUCUUCCCCCUCUGGGUACUCUGUAAGAUCCAGGGUCAGGACUUGGCUAAACAUAAUAUCAUCGUGCUGGGAAGAGGGAGGAUCACACCAUGUAAUACACUUCUGGUAAUUGAAAUAAGCAUUUCAUAACUAUGAGAUACAAGCAUGAGCUUGAGUUCCCCAAAGGAUGUUCCCCGGAGCCAGUACCUGCACAGCAGGACACACCCAGUGUGUCACCAACUGUGUGCAUGACUCACUGGAGCAACACUUCAGGUGUGACCCAGCACCUCAACAACCCCAUGUGCAUUAUUUAACCGUAAUUAAUUAUUACCUCAGGACACACUCCAAUCAAUGCAUCUGCCUUGCAAUAAAACUCUUCCUUCAGGGAAAUAACUAUCAUUUGGAACCGUUCAUGUGCCUGUUCUCUAAUGAAACUCGAGACCUUUGGAAAAAAACAAGUAUUUCAGUUAGUUCUGGCAGCCUGAAACAGUGCUGUGAUUACAGAAUGGUGAGGGAACUGAACUGUGCUAGCUGUAGAAUUCCGUCAUGAAGUAAGAUUGAUAAAAUGAGAAAUAAACCAGUUUUAAAAGCCAGAUAUUUUGCAUGGCUUUAAGACAACCCCUCAGAUAUGCUGCUUUUUGAAAACAUUUAAGAAAAUAAUGGUUCAGUCCAAUGAAUAAAGCUAUAAAAAGACACCAGUGCCCAUGAAUAACAAUUUUACUUAACGUAACUAGAAAGGAAGGUGGAAAUUCCUAAAUAAGUUUUUAAAAAAAGUGUGAAAAGUUUGCUACUGGCUGUAUAAUAAUCUUAAAUUAGUUCACUGCAGACAGCAGCAAGUUUCUCAAUGAUAAUGCAACAUAAAGGUACAAAAUAUAAGUUACGAACUGGUGAGUAUUGCAAUGUCCCCCAAUAUAAAUUAAAUGCUGCAUAAAGGAAAUCCAGUACAUUUUUCAUGAGCCCUCUGCCUGCACAGUUCUAUCUACACAACAAGGAAAUUAUUUUUUAAUGAAAGAACUGUUGUUAGUAAGUUAUGGGAAGAACUGUCUUUAGCAAGUUACAGACUUCACAAUAAUUUCAGAGUAUAGUUCCAAUUAUUGAGGAAUCUGCUUUAAUACAUCAUCAAUCUGAAAGAAUGGAAGGAAAUGGAUUAAUUUCUCAGGAUAAAAAAUGGAUACCCAGUGAGUACCAGCAACAAUCUUUUACACAGCAGUGUUGCUCACUUCCAGUAUUUAAUUUUAACUAUGUUUAAAUUGAUAAAUCCAGGUGCAUAGAGGCAAAAUCACCUCUUUGUUUCCAGUGUUUUGACAAAAAUGUUGCUCAGCACAUCCUUAGGUGUAGAGGGGACCUCUCUUCUGCCAGGCAGAAUGACCCUCCUCAGAGAGGCAAAGUGCCCUGUGCACUCUGUUAAUCAUCAUCAGCUCUAUUAAUGCAUCAUAGGUACCCUAUAUGGAAAGCUGGCAACAUCCCAGAAAUCCUCACUUUCAUGCAGCGUGUAUGGGAUUGGGGCAUGUCUAAUGGCAACAGGAAUUUACUCGGAUUAAUAAAGUCAUCCAGGUAACAACCAGGUAAGGGCAUGAUCUGGGUCCCUGCCCAGCUCCAAACAGAGCCAGGAGACAUACCAGACAGCCACCCCAGACAGCUGCAGAGAUGGGCAGUGCUCAUCACCUGACACACCACAGCUUCCAUGAAAGGCAGAAAUGUGGAGUUCAGCAGUAAAUGGUGUAACAGCAAAGGAAAACCUGGAGUCAGCCUGCAUUGCUCCGGGUCAUCAGCCUUGAGACAUCUGAGCCCAGGAAGAACAACAUACAGAAAACAUAACACUCAUAUUUAACCAGAAUACAUCAUCUUAGAGUGGUCCUGAGGGAGACUCAUAAGUAGAGCAGUAUCUGACAGAAGCUCAGAUCACAGGGGUGCUGUGUGAUGUGUAAUCUUGUUGUUACCAUGUCACUGAGAGCCAAACCCGAAAGCUUCCUUAGGGAUUUUCAUUAUAGCCGCAUUACAUCCCAUCUGAUCUUGCUCAAAUUGCAUCAAGUUAAAACAACCUCAGGGCCUGGGUAACCUUGUGGACCUGCAUCCCAAGGAAUAUUUAUGGAAUUCAGGUUCAGGAACCUCUCAGAGCGAGUCAGUAACCUCCAAGAAGGAACUGAAUUCUAUCUGGCAGGCACAAGUGGUAGAGCUUCCCAGCUGGCUAUUCCAGAGGUACCCUCCAAGCAAACUCUGGGGUACUCAGCACAUCACAGUUAAUGCCAUCAGGGGAAAAACCAAAAUGUAUGGUGUUUAAACAACUGCUUUUGUUUGUUAGGCUCUACCAAAACUGACAUUAGCAGUAAUGCCAGUAGAAAUACUGCUCUCAAAAAAAAUGCUUCCACAGAA